GAAAAAGGUAUGAAACGCCCAUUUCCUUUCUCCCAAGUGUGGAUCCCACUCCAUUAUGAAAGUCCCACUCCAUCAUUAUCCGAUUAUAUGUUGAAUUGCUGAAGUGGGUGAUUUGCUUAUAAUAUUUUGAGAUCCAAUCCAAUCCUCCUCCAUUUGGCAAUGGCUUCCUGUUUUUCUCUGGUGUGUCUUUUGCAUUCGGUGAUUUAUGUUGUAUUUGGGGGUCUGAUGAUGUUUUAUCUGAGUGAGAUCACUGGUAUUGGGCAUAGCAAAGAAACUGCAAGCAAGCUUUUAGGGUCCACCCCUCAUGACCAACUGCUUAUCAAUAUAUCUGAGGCCUUGGUGGGCAUGCUGCUUGUGGCCAUUGGGGUCCUUCUCUUCAUGGUUUCUUUUGUCAAGGAUAGAGACUUCCAGACCUUUUUUGCCAAAGGAUGCAUUUUGAUCCAUGCCCUCAUGGUUAUCUGGAGAUUCUACUUUGAGAGAAGAGUGGUGGAGCUUGCGAGAGACUGGCCUCGCCAAGUUGUUGGGGACUUCAUCUUGAGCCUCUCCUGGGUCUUCUUCUUGAUAUUCAACUGGAGGGAAAAGUACGAUUGAGUGAUGAGAAAGAUAGCUUUUCUGCUUUUUGACAAUUUAGAAUAAAAGUUAGACUUGGGGAUCAUGGUUUGGAUCUGAAAAGAAAGCACAGCAGGAUCCUCUUGUCUGUUUGAUCUGCCAAUCUUGCUUUUACUGUGGACUUGAUACUUACCGCAAUGCCUGUAAGAUGAUGUACACAUAAUUGGAUGAGUCAAAGGCGACCGCUCAGCAUAAAUCAUGUAACAGCGUGGAUGGAUGAAGUAAAUUUCUAAUGCAAGUUUUUUAACAGCC